AUGGACAAAAGGAGUUGGCCUUGGAAGAAAAAAUCGUCUGAUAAGCACACGGUUGAGAAAGCAGUUGCCACUGCAUCAGACUCAUUGGCAGCUGCCUCAGAGUUGGACACGGCUCUAGCCGAAAAGGUCUGCCGAUAUUAUCGUUGGGAAAAGGCAGAAGCUGAAGCCGCAGCCCUGAAAAACCACCUCGAGUCGGUCACCCUGCUGAAGCUCACAGCCGAGGACCGUGCAUCCCACCUGGACGGGGCCCUCAAGGAAUGCAUGCGCCAGAUACGUAAUUUGAAGGAAGACCACGAGCAGAAGCUACACGAGGUCAUCCUGAGCAAGCAGAAGCUUUUCGACAAGAUGAAGCUCGACCUUGAAUCCCAAAUUGCCGACCUGGACCAAGACCUUAUGCGGUCAGCCGCCGAGAACGCGGCCCUUUCCCGAUCCCUCCAAGAACGCUCGAACAUGCUGGUCCAGCUCACCGAAGAGAAAUCUCAAGCAAAAGCCGAGAUCGAGAUCCUCAAGACCAACAUCGAGUCGUGGGAGAAGGAAGUGAGUUCGCUGAAAUACGAGCUCCAUAUUGCCCGGAAGGAGGUUGAGAUUCGGAACGAGGAGAGGAACAUGAGUGUGCGGUCUGCUGAGGUGGCGAACAGGCAGCACCUCGAGGGGGCAAAGAAGAUUGCGAAGCUCGAGGCCGAGUGCCAGCGGCUGCGGGGCCUUGUCCGGAAGAAGCUUCCGGGACCUGCUGCCUUGGCCCAGAUGAAGCUCGAGGUCGAGAGCCUGGGCCGGGACUACGGGGAGCCUCGAUUGAGACGGUCCCCGGUCAAGCCUCCCAGUCCGCACUCUCCCCAAUUUCCCGAGUUCUCGCUCGACGGCUCUCAAAAGUAUAUUAAGGAGAACGAGCUGCUGACCGAACGCUUGCUGGCUAUGGAGGAGGAGAUGAAGAUGCUUAAGGAGGCGCUUGCAAAACGUAACAGCGAGCUGCAGGCUUCUAGAAGCGUGUACGCGCAGACGAUCAGCAGGCUUCAGAGUCUCGAAGCUCAUAUGCAGGCGAAUGGCGAGCCGAAGAGUAUUGCGAAAGGCGGUAAGCCGUCGAGUUAUGCUUCCCUGUCCGAGGAUGGGAAUGACGAUAGCAUGAGUUGUUCCGGAUCGUGGACUAUGUCUGAGGUCUCGCAUUUGAAGAAAGAAAAGAAUGUGGAUAGCCCACAGAAGUCUGAAAAUGCGAGUAAUCAUCUGGACCUGAUGGAUGACUUUCUGGAGAUGGAGAAGUUGGCUUAUUUGUCAAACGGAUCGAAUGGGGAAGCUUUGAAUGUGGAGUUGUCAGAUAAUACUGGCAAAAGUGGGCGCGAGCUGUUGAAAAAUGAAGCUCUGGUUGAGGUUGCGAUUAAUGACUCUGAAGAAUCCCCUCAACUGCGACCAGAUCCACACGUAUUUGCUGAACUGCAAUUGAAGAUAUCGACGGUGCUUGAGUUGACAUCUGGUGAGAAAGACAUGGAAAAAGUUGCGGAGGACAUUAGACGUGUCAUGCAAGAUAUGCAGGAAACUUUACAGCUCCAGACAGUUUGUUCUGGUAAAAUUAACUCGUGUACCAAAGAUAUCGAGACCAACGGUCAAGAUUUACAAACUGCCAUCGCUCAGAUUUACGACUUCAUAAUGAUUCUUGGGAAAGAGACUAAAGCUAACAUACCGGGAACAGCUACUGAAGGGGAAGGACUGCACGAACAACUCGACACGUUGUCUGCCAAGUACAGUGAGGUUCUAUAUGGCAACGUUAAUCCAAUCGAUUUUGUUCUGGACAUAUCUAGUGUGCUGAACAAGGCAAGCGAGCUGCAUUUCAAUGUCUUGGGAUUCAAAGGCUCUGAAGUAGAAACCGGCAGCUCUGACUGUAUAGACAAGAUUGCACUCCCAGAGAAUAAGCCUGAUUUGAAUUCACUAGAAGAGCGAUAUUCUGCAAAUGGCUGUGCCCGUUUUUCGGAUUCCGCAUCUGAUCCUGAUGUGCCUAAUAACGGAAAUCUUGUCCCGACCUCUGAGUCAACGGCUGCCCCGUGGAAGUGUUCUUUGGAGGAGUUUGAACAGUUGAAGGCGGACAAGGAUAACUUGGUGGAUGACCUUGCUAGAUGCAUGGAGAAUUUUGAGAAUACAAAGUCCCAAUUACUAGAAACUGAACGGAUUUUGGGUGAGGUGAGGUCACAGUUGACUUUGGCCGAGAAGUCCAACAGCUUGGCUGAGACACAGCUCAAAUGCAUGGCCGAGUCGUACAAAUCACUUGAAACACGGACAGAUGAAUUGAAGAGUGAAGUAGGUGUCCUUCAAGAAAAGAUAGAAAGUUUGGAAAGUGAGCUACAAGAAGAGAGAAGGUGUCACCAGGAGGCGCUCCAGAGAUGCAGAGAUCUUCAAGAGCAGCUGGAAAGGAUGGAUUGUUUGGAAGCAGCUGAGAAUGAUGACAAGACUAGCCAGGAGAAAGAGCUAGCAGCUGCAGCUGAAAAGCUUGCCGAGUGUCAAGAAACCAUUUUCCUUCUCGGCAAACAACUAAACUCCCUUCGUCCCCAAACCGACACCUCGACUCCACUAAACUGCUCAAGAAAUCAAGACGUCGAGUCCAUUUUUCAGGAGGAACCCACCGUAAGUGGCAUGGAAAAUUUGCAAGAAACCGAAUCAUUAGAAGCCGAUACUUUUGUUUUACACAGAGCUGGAUCAGAGUCCCCAAUGGACCCAUUCAACUCCUCAUAUACUCCUUCGGACUCCGAUCCCAGCCACUUUCUGAGAUCGCCUGUCGGCUCUAAGUAUCAUCCUAAACACCGUCCUACAAACUCGGGCUCGUCUUCUGCUUCGUCCACGCCUACCCCGGAAAAGUAUGCUCGUGGGUUUAGCAGAUUCUUUUCUGCUAAAGGGAAAAAUUAG